UCCCCCUGCUGAGUUCAGUGCACCAGGAAGUACUUCUCAUCUCAGCUAGCGACCACGUGGAGGUAGAGAGCGAGUGCCCAAGUCAACAGCUACGUUCAGCGCCUCCGUCUCUGCUUUGGACUGUGAACUACCAAAAAGCACACAUAUAUACACUGUAUAUAUCUGUACGUAUAUAGACAGACCCGUUAAGCAGGUUACACAAAGGCAAAUGGCAACAGACGCAAAAAGAUCCAAGCAGGACAAUGGAGCCAGCGCACAGAACCCUGGAGAGGACAAAACGCUCCAGUCUUUCCUCAGCUGGUGUAAAGAGGUCAGACUGGAACUCAGUGAGAAGGUGUACGUUAGCAGGGAAGGCACUGUGGCUGACUACGGCAUGCUAGCCAGGGAGGAGAUUGAAGAAGGAGAGGUGAUCUUCUCAAUCCCCAGGGCUGCCCUGCUGAAUCAGAGCAGAACUGCCAUCCACUCCAUCCUCGAGAAAGAGGAGGAGUCCCUGAAGAGCCAGUCCGGCUGGGUCCCUCUUCUCCUGGCUUUGAUGUUCGAGUACACCAACAGCAAGUCUCACUGGAGUCCCUACCUGUCUCUCUGGACAGACUUCAGGGCUCUUGACCACCCCAUGUUCUGGCCCAAGGAGGAGAGAGAGAGGCUGCUGCAGGGCACAGGGGUCCCGGAGGCUGUGGAGAAUGAUCUCGCCAACAUUCUGAAGGAGUACAACGACAUCAUCCUGCCUUUUAUCCAAUCACAUCGCGAGGUGCUGGACCCACAGAAGCACACGCUCGAGCUCUACCAGAGCCUGGUGGCCUUUGUCAUGGCCUACAGCUUCCAGGAGCCCCUGGAGGAGGAUGAGGAAGAUGAGAAGGAGCCCAACCCUCCCAUGAUGGUUCCCAUGGCGGACAUCCUAAAUCAUGUGGCCAAUCACAACGCCAACCUGGAAUUCAGAACAGACAGUUUAAAAAUGGUGUCUGUCAAGAGGAUCAAGAAAGGAGAGGAGGUGUUCAAUACCUAUGGAGAGUUGGCCAACUGGCAGCUCCUGCACAUGUAUGGCUUUGUCGAGUCGUACCCGAGCAACACCAACGACAGUGCAGACAUCCAGAUGGCCACCGUGUACAAGGCUGCACUGCAAGCUGCCAGGACGGAGUCGGAGCGCAGCCUAGUGGUGGAGAAGUGGGAUCUCCUGUGCCAGCUGGACAUUGUGGGCGAGGAGGGGGCGUUUGUGUUUGGUCAGUCUGGAUCGCUGACCGACGAGGAGCUCUACACCUCACUCAAGGUGCUCUGUAUGCCUGUGGAGCAGUUCAAGGAGUUUAAAGAGAAUGAGGGCUGGGAGGAAGCUGAGGAGGAUGAUGAGGAUGAGAUGGCAGCAGCACUGUCCAACGAUGGGAUUCCCAAACUGAGCUUGCCAUGGAGACGGCUGCUUGGGGACAGUGUCGCCCUCACACUCCAGGACUAUGCAGAUGAGCUGCAGCCAGACAAGGAGCUGCUGGGAGAUCGGCAGGCGUACGGCCGUCUCAGCAGCAGGGAACGCCUAGCGCUGCAGCUCCGCUAUGGGCAGAAAGUAACUCUACACCAGCUUCUGGAGCUGACACGGUGCCACUCCGUGUGAGGAGAAUUGACUGCAGGGAGUUCAAACAUAGAAAUCUGGAAAAUAUUUCACGCACUAUUCACACACCUCCCACACAUUUUGUAGUUGUAGUCAUUAAGCUGACCUUUCAUUACAGUGUCAAUUUAAUCAAGCACACAUGCCUAUAUAUAUAUAUAUAUAUAUAUAUAUAUAUAUAUAUAUAUAUAUAUAUAUAUAUAUAUAUAUAUAUAUAUAUAUAAAUAAUUUUCUGCAAGAUGUCAAUUAAGAGUUUCAUUACACUUGGGUGAGGAGUUUCUAAGACUAACAGUUCAACUAUAUUGAUGUCUUUCCCCAGUAAAUUAAAACCAAGAACUUCUGGUUAAUGUAGGUCUUACCCUUACAUUUAAACCAGUAAAGUAAAUUCUACAGACAUACUAGGCAUUUUAAACCUUUAGAAUAAAGCACUUUAGAAUCUUCUCAAGCAGCAUUUUCUUUUUUUAACCACUAUGAAUUAAAAACAAUUCAAUUUGAA